AUGCGUGAAAAGGAGGACCCUCUGCUCAAAACUAAAUUGCCGACCGGUCUCUGCGCAGCUUCUUCAUCGUUCUGUAGCUCCUCUAAACUCUACGGUGUCGACAGCUUGCCACUACGUGACAUUUUCACAUGUCACUUUGGGCGACAGGACGGCAGAAGCUCGAGAGCGGCUGUACUCGUUACAGAGCAUCGAAUCGAGCGCAUUCACACAAAGCCUGUCACACGUCGACGCGACGCAAUGGGUGUUCAAAGUGUGGUUGUCACCGAACAUGGGGACGUGUGA